UUGCCUCUAUUGUGAAUUUGUGUGAGGCGCGAGGGAUGAAAGAAUGGAUGAAAGCCCCUUUGUUUGUUUUUAAAUUCCGAUCAGCUGGUCUCUCCACAGCUGAUUGGCUGAAAAUUGGCCACCAGGUGGCAUGAGCGGCGGCAAGUUGUGGGAAAUCAUCCAGCCAUCCAACUGCCCAUAAAUUACACUGCAACUAUUUUGUCACUACACGUCGUUUAGUGCGCACUUCCUAGAGGGAAUUAUUGCCAUUUUGCCUUCCAUAACUGUCUGUGAAUUCAUGUGGUGCUAGAUAGUUUGGAGUUUGUGGGGUGUUUUCGGUGGAUUAUCGUGUAAUUCGCGCACUUUGGCCGCGGAGUUGCUGUAUUGAGGCGCGAGCACGCAUGAGGAGAGAAGGCCAGAACAGUGAGGCGUUGGUCAGCCGGGUAGUUUUUGACAAAACAAAGGAAGAGUGCAGAAAAGUGUGUUGAGACAGAGCAAAAUGUUGGGCGGAAAAUACCCGUGAAAAGUUCAUCUGGCUGCCCAAAUUGAUGUGUAGGCGCUCGCGGGAGUUACGCAAUAGCAUUUGGCGGUGUGAAACCUUGUGGCCCGUGCGUGCAUAUGCGGGAAAAGUGCGUCUGACUGUGGCGUGUCACGGAGUGAGAGACUGCGGAAGACAGAGGGCGCACAGCAGAGGCUGAUCGGGGGGCCACAGCACAGACACGAGCGGGGCAACCAGCACACGCGAUGCCCUGGUACGCGCUCUGGUCGGACGUGAUCAAGAAGAAGGUGUGCAGGUAUCUGCUGCAGCGCUAUCUGGGGCAGUUCCUGCAGGAGAAGCUCUCCCUGGAGCAGCUCAAUGUGGACCUGUACAACGGCAAGGGCACCGUCUACGACGUCGCGCUCUACUCCGAGGCCCUCAAUGAGCUGUGCCAAAGUCAAGGAUGGGCCCUGGAAGUGAUCGAGGGCUACUUGGGCUCCGUCACGGUGAAUAUACCGUGGAAUGCCCUCAUGACGGAGGACAGUUUCAUCGAAGUGUCUGGCCUGUAUUUGGCGCUGAAGCCAAAGCCAACGACCAAGGAAGGCCAAUCGGUGCUGGAGUCCAUGUGGUCCUCCAUGAGCAGCUCGAUGCAAUUGGCGCAGGAUUGCAUGGAUCGCGAGGGUGAGAAUCUGGCACAGAAUGUCCAGAUGAGCGCAAUGGAGGGCAUUGAGAGAUUUGCACAGAUCAUCGAUAAUGUUCUCAAUAGGAUAAAGGCCAAAUUUGUCGACACGGUGGUUCGACUGGAGUAUGUGUUGCCGAAUCAACAGAGAGGAAUUGCAAUUGUGGUGAAGAUCAAGAAGAUUGAGUAUCAGAAUGAAGUGGGUGGCGAUACGCAGGAGAGUGGAGACAAUGCCAACUCUGCCGGCGCUCCUGAGAGUGACGGAUCACCCUCGGCGUCACGCAAAAAGUCUUACUUCAUCUCCACACAUGCUAUUCAUCACAUUGUGUUCGAGGACAUUUCGUUCUACACGGAGGAGUUCAUCUUGGUGGAUGACAGUCGCAAAGGCCAGAGUCGAGCGUCGAGUGAACCACUGAGUGACAUCAAUGAGCAGUUCCAUAGCACAAUCUCCAGCAUGUCGUCCACAAUGCAGGACAGCCGAGAGACAUUCCUGAGUGAGGAUCGCGAGGAGGCGACUGGCGAUGACGAGGAUGAUGUUGGGACGAAGAUUGUGACGAGCGGACAGAUCCUGAUGGGGCGUCUGCGGACGCGCCAGGAGGUGCGGAUUCGCAUGAAGCAGUCUGAGAAUGUUCCUGGACCAAAGGUUGAGAUGGAUCUCAGUCUCGGCGCCAUGGAGGUGUUUUUGUCGCCACGUCAAGUGCAUCUGUUGCUAUGUCUCAGCGAGAGAUUCACCGGAGAGGCGGCGGCCAGUGCAGACGCCUAG